AUGGAGCUCCACGUCCCGGUGCCGUUUGAUCUCGACGAGGAGGUGGUGUUCUUGGAGCAGGACGGUAACAUGCGCCACGUAGCAGCCCGUCAAAUCUUGCUCGGCAAGGAAAAUGCCCACACAGAAUGGAUAUGCAAAAACUUCUCCUGUAGAUGCCGACUGGUCGACACAACGUCCCAGGCUUGGCCAUCUGCUUCACGCGGAGAGAGUACCUUCAACUCUGACGCCUCUAGGCAGCCGGGUUUCGUUCUAGACCGCGGCACAGAGGCAAACCUCCAAAACGCGAGGACCGCUGUUAACGCACUUAUCGAUGCGGCGAUGGAACUCAUCGAUACUCUGCAAGCCACGGAAAAUAGGGUUCUUGAGCUCACUAACGAUGUCAGCUUCAUUCGCUGGUACGAGGCAGAGCGCGAUCCCGAGUCUCAGGAGUCACGUAAAGCGAUCGUUGCUCAAAUAUACGAUACCUUAAUCGAUGAGAAAGAGACGCAGGAGGACCCGUAG